AGAUUAAUUAAUAUAAUAUUAUUAGCUCAGGUUACCUAAUGAAUGUUGAUGAAUGUAGCUUUAUUGUAAAGUUUUAUUGUAAACAUUCAUAUUAUUAAUAUUCAUAUUUCAUUUACUUAAAUUAAUAUUACUAAUCUCUUUAUUCAUUCAAUCAAAUUCAGUCAAAAACGCAAGUGCAAAUAUUAUGAGAUACUGGUUCUAGAGUGUCCGGAGGCAACACAUGAUUUUCAACGUUUAUGACUGGUGCGGUAAGGUAUGUUGGUUCACCUUUUUACAUCUCUUUUGUAUGCAAAGUAAUGCCAAAUUUCACUUCUACCACCCUCUUUAUUAAUUAAAAAAAAAAUAUAUAUAUAUAUCUUUUAGUAGCUGAAAGUAAUGGUGCGAUGCGUUAUACAUUCAAGAGGUGGCUUCAGUCUGUUGCAGAAAAGCAGAGGCUGACAAUCACACAAGCGAAACUGGGCAGAAAUAUUUGCUUACUAUCAAGGUGUAAAUUAUGGGGAGUUUAAUGUGUCUUCAUGAAUAUGUAUCUUCAUAUUUACUUGACAGACUGAUAUCUAUCUAUCUUCAUAUUUACUGACUGAUUUUUAAAGUGUCAUUUGGCCGCCACUAAAAUGGGUCAUACCAUUGCAAUUACCUGAGCAGUUGAAAUACACUAGAAAACCUUGCUCCUUAGAGAACACACAUAGAUGGAGCAAGAACAAUGUAAGUGUAGGCUAUAAAAUACAUAUGCAUAGUUCUGUUGAAACUUUGCCCUGGCUUGCUGUUAAGGCUGUUAAACAGAAUGUACGUGGCAAACUAUCUGCUUAAAUAGCAACACUGAAAUAAGAAUGCACUGUUUAUCAUUCAGUUGGGGGCCAUUCACACAGAACAUGUUCACUUUCAAGUUCGGUUCUCUCGACAUUGCAUCAGUAGCUGACGCCAUGGGGAAACACCUUUUCUGUGUGAAUAAUGAAGCCCUAUGAAAUCUUGCAGGUGAGAAUUCGCCUGCCAAUGGAGUGCAAGCGUGCAAAAUACAUUCUCCUUCAGACAGCUACACUGUCAUCAAGAAGCCAUCUGCAGCUUGCCGUUGAGGUACGCUCGCCAGAGGACUGUGCCUGGAUUGCCGCUGCCCUGUAGCAUUCCAACGCUAGACUACCAGGACAUUAUGUACCCUGCAUGGACAUUCUGGGAGGGAGGUCCUGCUGUAUGGCCAAUCUACCCCACUGGACUGGGCCGAUGGGAUCUCAUGAGGGAUGACCUGAAAAAAUCAGCUGCACGAUGGCCCUGGAAGAAGAAAAGCCCAAAAGGAUUCUUUAGAGGCUCUAGGACCAGUUCAGAGAGGGACCCUCUGAUCCUUCUCUCAAGAGAAGCCCCUGACCUUGUGGAUGCAGAGUACACCAAGAAUCAGGCCUGGAAGUCAGAGAAGGACACUCUGGGUAGGUCCCCAGCAAAGGAAAUUCCCCUAGUUGAACACUGUGAAUACAAAUACCUCUUUAACUUCAGAGGUGUUGCUGCUAGUUUCCGUUUGAAGCAUCUGUUCUUGUGUGGCUCACUGGUUUUUCACGUCGGGGAGGAGUGGCUUGAGUUCUUCUACUCUCAGCUCAAGCCCUGGGUUCACUACAUCCCUGUCAAACAGGACUUGUCUGACCUCAGAGAGCUGCUUCAGUUUGUGAAAGAAAAUGAUGCCGUGGCAGAAGAAAUUGCUGUCAGGGGCCAGACCUUUAUUCUGGAACAUCUCCGUAUGGAGGAUGUGUCUUGUUACUGGGAGAGAUUGCUCACCGACUUCAGCAAGCUGCUCAAAUACAAACCUAAGAGAAAAUCAAACUACAAUCAGAUCAUCCACGGAGCCAGCCGAUCUGAACUCUGACUUGAAGAAAUGAUAAUGGGGAGAUAAUUCUUCUUUUCUUUGCCUUUAUUCUUGCUCUUCAUUCUUUUGAACAUCACAAUUGCUCUUUAAACUGGUCUUAAUAGCUGAAAAGAGCAUUUCAAGGCAGCUCCAUGUAGUUAAGCUGGUGAAUCCUGCCAAAUGUCUCUCAGACUAUCUAUAUUGCUCUAAAGGUUAAGACUCAAGGAAGGUUUUAAAAUCAAUUAAAUGUGCUUUAAGCUACCAUAUAUAUAUAUAUAUAUAUAAUGACCUGUCCAGACCCUUAUUCUUUGGAUGUCAGCAAUAUUACACAUCUGAAAUAGCUGAAAUACACAUUCUUCAUAGCAUUCAGCAGUCUCAAAACAAAUUCUUAAGGUCGUACAUAGUCAGUUUGAGGUAUGUAGUGAAGCCUGUAAAGCUACAACACUGUAAAAGUAAUUUAUUGUGAAACAACAGUAUAACAUACAACAGCCUGCCAAAAAAAAAAGUUUCUUAAAAAUGAAAUGUUUCAUCAUGGCCUUGAUGGAAGUUGUUGGGGUUGUUUUCCCUUAUAAUCAAAGUGACUCAAUAGCGACUCUUCUGUCAGAUGUUUUGUUAGUUUGUAGAAAUUUUUCCAUUGCAGAUUUAUGGGGUUACUUUAGAUAAUGGUAACAGUGGUAACAAUCGCCUACCAUCAUUUUUAGAGGUAGCAUGAAGGACCAUUUAAAAAGUCAAAACUGGAGCCAGUUCAAAGCAUCCUGUAACAUAAGACCACUUUCAUUACAUUUGAUACAUGAAACAAUGUCAAUAGAUUACUUUGAUCCAGUGCAGAAUGUCUUUUUUGCAGUGAAAUGGAAUCUCUGGGUCCAGACUACUAGUAUUUUUGGAUUAACUGAUACCAAGUUUUCUAAUAAUUCUUUAUAGGAAUGUAACAUGUCUUCUAUGUCACUAUCAAUACAGUAAUACCUGCAAAGCCUCAGUACAACAGUAUUAGAAGUAUUGAGAUGAUAAUCUGAUUCAACACUUAAGUGCUAAUAGAGAAACAUUUGAAUGUAACACAGUUUUACAAAAUACAGUCAAACUGAUACUGAGGUGUUGAAUAUGCUUGAGUAUUCCUGUAGAUAAUUGUCUUGUCUGUCUGUCUGUCUGUCUGUAUUGAAAUUGUUUUCAGUCAUUUUUGUAUAUUACCCAGAUCUAGUGUGGAAAAGACCAAAAGUCAAACUUGUCAGUUGUGUCAGUAAAGGUAAUCAUCACCAAUAAAAGUUUUUUAAACCAUGGUGGAAAAAAAGAAAAUAAUAAUAAUAAAAAAUAGACAAUAUAAAGGAA